GAAGGUGUCUUCAAUCUGAGAACACUUAACCCAUGCAUAAAACGACUGCUGGGGCGGAGGUUUUAACAUUAUAUUUGCAAUUAUCUCUAGAAAAACAUGUCGAAUAUUCUUGCUCUGCAAAGCAGACACUAGUUCAUCAUUCAACUUUGAAUAGGGAUUAAAAUCAUAUAUCAAAGAUUUUAUAUAUAAUUUCAGGAUAAUGACCAUCUACCAAACCACCUCUCAAGACCCCUGCAAGACCCCCCACGUGACCUUCAAAGAAGUGUCCGAGCGACCAAUUUUCUCACCAGAUGAAUCUCGAACGGAAUAACGAAAUCCAGGAAUUGGGCUCCGAAAAAACGUGCAGGUAACCUGCAACGCCCAAACCACCUCGCCAUGAGUGUUUCCCGACCCGCGCGAUGCAUUUUCAACGCGCCUCUCGCCAACCUGCGACCGCUGACGCGGCGUCAAAAUUUCCACUCCUCUGCUCCCCUCCCCGCACGACGUCGUUCCCGUUUUGCUAGCAUAAAACAUUCAGAGGUGGAUAGUGCUCCUGCGAAAGAGCUUUACCCGGGAUAUAGCGAGAAGGAGAGAAGUUUAUUAGGAAACGAUAUACUGCGGAGCAAAUUGCGGCUAUUGAGGCAGCGGAGGAAGCGGUCGAUGUGGAAGAUUUGAAGAGUCAUGGUGUGAUACGGACGGAUUUGGGAGGGUUGAGGUACAUGGAUGAUUUAAGUAUGACGCAGCCGGUGAUCGAUAAGAAGAUUAUGGAUUAUCGGAUUGAUCCGAAUGGACGCUGGAUCAGGAUAAAAUCGGAGACGAAUUCGUGGCAUAUAUGGAUAAAGUGAUGGAAGAAAAUCCCGAGGAUGUCGAUCCUGAGGAUCCCGACUGGGAAAAUAAACAUAGGCCGAACAGGUUGGAUUCGCUGAAGGCGCUGCAGAAGGAAAUGGGAGAUCCAAGUACUUUUGCUUUUGCACCGCAGGUACCUGGGGAUUUUACAAAGGAACCUGGUAAGGUUGCGGAGAUAGCGAGGGAGGUGGACGAAGAUGAUGAGGAGAAUCUUGAUCCUAGGGAUCCAGAUGGGGUUUAUACGAAAUUGCGCCAUCAAACAGGACUUACCAUGGACGAAAUCUUGAGCCUCGAUACUAAAAUCCUCGUCAGCCAUCGAGUUGUCAACCAAACGCGUUUGGGUAAAAUUGAAAGUAUGUACGUAUUGGCAAUUGCGGGAAAUGGAAGGGGCAGAUUAGGAAUAGGAGAAGCCAAAGGACAGGAACCGGAAGACACGAAUAAUAAUGCGAAGAUUGCGGCGAUUAAGAAUAUGCAGCCGGUUCCGAGAUAUGAGGAACGAACAAUUUAUGGAGAUGUAGGAGGGAAGGUUAGUGCAGUUGAAGUUGAGCUUAUGGCAAGACCUCCAGGUAUGUUUUCAUUUUCAUUUCCAUGUCAUUUUCCUGCCUGUAGAGGAAUUUAUGAUGUGCGGGGUAAGAAGAGGGACUAAUUCGAUUCUCUCAAUGUAGGAUUUGGCCUGCGAUGCCAAAAACUUAUCUUUGAUAUGGCAAAGGCAGUAGGCAUUCACGAUCUCGCCGCCAAAGUACCACGUUCGAGAAACAAGAUGAACACUGUUAAAGCCACCUACCAAGCAUUAAUGAAGCAACGAAUACCAGAUGAGAUUGCUAGGGGUAGAGGAAAGAAACUCGUGGAUGUGAGGAAGGUUUAUUACGGAGGAAGGGUGUGAAAAAGGAAGAAAAGGAAAGGGAAUAUGUAUAUUUACCUUGCAUAUUGUAUGAAUACUACUAGAUGGAUGUGGAAGAAAAAUGUGCAUAUGCAUAGACUGGCGUAAUGCCGGGAAGGAGGACAAAAAUUAUAUGGAAAAGCAAGCAUCAAAUUCAUGAUAUUGCAUUGAAGAAGAUCUUAAAAGGAAAGAAUUUGGGUUGCAUUACACAUAUUAUUAUGUGUGGGUAUCUUAAUCCAAAACUCCUAAAUAAAGAUGAAGCAAUCCUUCCCCCUUCGACUAAUUUUGACAGCUGCAGUUCGUGAUAUUUCGUGGUGAUGGGU